AUGAGUACAGAGCGUACACCGCUUAUUGUCUCUGGGGGGGUAGGGCCAAGCAAUGUCCGGUACAUUCCAUCUUCAACUCACUUCACAUUGAACGAUCAAGCGAGUCAUCUAAUCUCAGAUCUGAAAUCGUCUUCAGCGCCAAACGACUAUAGUUCACCUAACACACGUGCUGAAUUAGCAGUGUAUCUGUAUGCGUUACAUCUACUUGAUCCGAAACGAUAUGGUACUCGAGUAUCUGUUCGAGCAAGAAUAGCAGAAUCAGAGGUAGGAAGGAAAUUGAGGGAUAUACUGAGUGAUAAGAUUGAGGACAUGCUAGAUAACGGAUGUGGGAUUGAAGAUGCAGGUGAAGAAAGUGAUGUUGAACUACAAGAUAUCUUUUUAGAUCGGUGGUCUAUCAAAGAUGGUGGGAAAUGUGUUAAUGCUCUUGAUCUGAUGUUACCUCCCUACACAGCAAAAUCGCGCCCAUCUCCUUUCUUAUCACAUCCUACUGUAAGACACAUCAUUGAUCUCACUUGGUCAAACGGUAUACUCCCAAAAAGAGAUGGAAAAGCACAACGACGAUUAUCGGACAGGGUUGGCAGUAUAGCUACACCUUCACGACUACACCUCUUACAUCUGACAUCGUUCUGUGUACUAUACGGUCUGACAUUACAUAUCGCCCUGGUUCCAGGAGAAAGGAUAUCACCGUAUGAUCACGAUGUCUCUUCAGGUAGAAAUGGGCUUUCGUCAAGAGAAGUUUUAUGGAUGAUAUUGACUGGAUCACAUCUAUAUCAGGCAAUACAAUGUCCAUCCGAACCCAUUCGGUUCUUCAUGGAUUUACCACUCUACCUAUCCCUCAUUUUCUCCCUAUUCCCUUCCUUCACUCAAACAGCAUACAAUCUCAUACUUGUUUCAAUUCCUGCGUCGACCUUCCUUCUGAUCCUUCCUUAUCCUCCUUCAAUACCGAUCCUCAUACAAGGCGUAUUGCCUUUAUCAGUACUCCUGAGAAGGAUAUUAGUCAGAUCAGUAAAAACAGCAGGACUGGUAAUGCCAUUAGUAUUGGGUCUUUUCGCUAUUUUCAGCUGGUCAAUGAAUGGCGACAUAUUCCGUGGAUUCAUCACCGUUUCCCAAUCAUUUCCACUUUCGAUUCCUCCGCCUUCCAUGACAGAAUGGACCGAUUCAACCUUUUCAAUAAGCCAACUUGGAGAACCAAUAGAAAAUGGAAUAGCACCUUUUGAAGCUCGAUUAUCACUGUUCAUCACACUCUCACUACUAUUCAUCUUUUCCCUUCUCCUUACUGCUGCUAGAGCAGUCUUGAUACCGAGAGAGAAGUGGGAUGGAAACGAAGAGAGACGAUGGAAAGGUGCAAUCAAGGAAGGUGAUAAUUGGGAAAGGGGUUAUGGAUCAGUAGUCGGUAGAGAAAGUAGACAAGCCUGGUCAGAAGCUGUGCGAUGGUAUGUAUGGGAACCGACACUACAUGUGACAGGCAACACCGAAGACGUAGAGAGUUCACGUCGAAAUUAUGGAGCUUCCGAUAUCCCAGGGCCUGAAAGAGACGAAGAAAUUCAACCGAAUGAUAUCAAAAAUGAUCGUUGGAAACGCAAACUUCUGCCUCCAAAACUACCACCACCUCUCAACGUGAUCACACUCCCAUUAGAUCUACUCAGAUUAUUGCCUUUAAAGAGGUUGAAUGAUCAGUUGGAUGAGGCGAUAUACACUAUAUCGGUUGGUACAGCUGGAGUCGUAUGUCUACCGUUUCAUGUGUUCUCGAUAAUAGGUAGUUCUAUAUGGCGAAACGAUGAAUGA